AUGAGGUCCUUUCAGAAACACCUCACAAAGGUUGAUGUUAAGAAGCAAAUGGCAAUUCCUAGUGGUUUCAGGGAGCAUCUGCCACGUUACGAAGGAGGACGGACGAUGUCCUUAUUAGUCCGUGAUGUAUCCGGCAAUCAUUGGGAGAAUUUCGGAUAUUACAUUAGAAGAAAAGGCAAAGAUUAUCCUAAACCUGUUUUCCAAAGAAAUUGGCGUAAGUAUGCUCGUGCUAAAAGCCUCAAGCCUGGUGAUAAAAUUAUCUUUCGAGUUGAAGAGAAUGCUACCAACGGUGCUCCAAGAUACACAAUUGCAGCACAAAGAAAGAUCAUGAUUUUAGGUACGAUUGUUGUUUGGACUGGGGAGAUCUAG